GCCCGAGUGUCCAGUAUAAAAUAGAGCUUUUCUCCGAACCCUAAAUUUCUCUGCUGCAACAAGGAACACCAAAGCCCUAACUCCAGCCGACGGCCCUGAGCCUCCAGAUCUUGUUGCUGCUUCUCCACCAAAAAACCCCCAUUCAGCGAUGACUUUCAAGCGCAGGAACGGUGGCCGCAACAAGCACGGCCGUGGCCACGUCAAAUUCAUUCGCUGCUCCAACUGCGGCAAGUGCUGCCCUAAGGACAAGGCAAUCAAGAGAUUUCUUGUGAGGAACAUUGUGGAGCAGGCUGCUGUUAGAGAUGUUCAGGAAGCCUGCGUCUAUGAUGGGUACACUUUGCCCAAGUUGUACACCAAGAUGCAGUACUGCGUCUCCUGUGCUAUUCACUCCCAUGUCGUGAGGGUGCGAUCCCGCACUAAUCGCAGGAUCCGUGAGCCACCACAGCGUUUCAUCAGGCGCAGGGAUGAUCUCCCAAAACCUGGCCAACCUGGUCAAGCACCUCGUGCAGGUGGAGCUGGCAAUCCUGUUCGCACCUGAAGAGACCAUUAGGAAUCACCCGGAUAUUCAAAUGCUUGCUUUAAAAUGCCUUCUUGAAUCUUGAGAACUUCUUUGUGUAGGAACGUUUUGAUUAAUUUCUUUAAGCUACUUAAAUCUUUUUGAAGUUUAAAGUUGUCUUUUUGGAGUCUCCGGAUUGACGGAUAUGCAUUUACAUAUCACGAAUUUCCUUUUUUUUUAGCUCGUCUUUUACCUUCGAUCCUGUUAAUCUAUUAAAAUAUUGAUAAUGCUGGAAAUUCUUCAAUUAUCCCUUAAAAA